GUGUCACGUCACGUCAUGCCUUCCUCCUCUUCCACCACCAUCUUCGUCUCACUAUUCUUCAGCUGCACACCCUUCCUUCCCACUGGCCCAUUGCUACUGCAAUCCCUCACUCGCACUCGCACCCGCACUCGCAGCAGAAAUGCUCACCAUCCUCCCUCCUUCAUUCACACUCACGGAUGACUCCCUGCAGGAGCUCCUCCUCAGCAGCAGCAGCAGCAGCAAGUCCUGGUCAGCAAGAGAAGAAGCGUGCUACCUAAUCUUCUUCUCCGGCACCUUACCCGUUCUACCCGGCUCUCACACAGCAAGCAUCGCCGGACAGAAGGAAGAGGAAGAGGAAGAGGAAGAGGAAGCUCAAGGAGAUCCACUGAGCGAGUCUCAGUUGACUUCUCUCAAAGAGGGCUUAUGGUGUCCAGAUUGCCGAGCGGCUCUGCUUGCCGUACUGAGCAUCUUUUCGCCCGGCUCGCUAGCUGCCACCACCGCUAGCUCUACCUCUACCUCUACCUCUACCACUACAGGUGCUGCUAGUGCUGUCGAGGCGCGCGCCCUUCUCCUGCAAGUCUCGCGGGAGCAAUGGAAGGACCGCACUGAUGGGGGACAUGUGUAUAGGAAGAGGUACGAUGUGCAAAGUGUGCCUACUGUUCUUAAGUGGAUUGGGGGAAAGGAGGUGGGCAGACUGGUGGACGAAGAGUGUGCGGAUGUGGAUAAGAUACGAGCACUGGUACAGGGCUAAGAAGACUGGUACAGCUCAAUCUUGUAGGGGCCGGUAAUGCCCAUGCUUCAGACAGCGUAACCUUUGCCUGCUCCUCACCACUACCAAUGGUGUCAAUACCAAUAUGCCAAAGCCUAUAAUCUACUUGACUCACUCAGUCAUUCCAUGUCUCCCCUCACCCAGAAAUCUCUCCUCGCCUCCCUCUUUCCCUCCGAGCCUCCGUCUUCCCCUUUCACGGUGCCAAUCCUUUAUGCGGGGCGACGCGGGCGGGCGGGCGGAGUGCAGAGCUUGGGCGCAUGACGUCGCGUCGCAGUGCAGUCAGU